AUGUAUGGAAUAUGCAUCAACUGUGGAACUGAGAGAUCUAAUUUUGCGUUGUGUAAGAAAUGUGAUGUGGUGAAGUCGGAUAGUAGUGGAAAUGAUUUGGUAGAUAAAUUUAUUGAGAACACUUUGGAAUCAGCAUGUCUUAAAGAACAAAUUGUAGAAUGGAUUCAAUUUGACAAAUUAAAGAAACUAGAAAUAAUUGGACAAGGUGGAUUUAGCACGGUAUAUUCCGCUAUGUGGAUAGAUGAUACAAGGGGAAUUAAUCAACCAGUUGCGCUUAAAAGUUUGAAUGAUUCUACAAAUCUCUCAGAUUGGCUUGAUGCAUUGAGAUAUGAUGGGAGCAACAGAGAAAUAGAUAUUUCAACCAGAAAGGAGUUUAAUGCUGCAAAUAAAAAAAUUCCAAAUAUAUCAAGAAGCUCACGACUACACACAAACGCUAUAUACACCAGCAGUCUCCUUGACUUCAAAAAUCUUCCAGAACCAAAAAAUUCUACCGAAAUGACCAUAUUUCAAAAUACUGAAAUUUCUUCAGAUGAUGAAAAAUCUAGUAAGUGA